GCAAGCAAGCGCGCGGAUCGAUCGGGAGCGGCGGCGAUGGACGACGACUUCGGCUGCGUGAUCGGCGUCGCGGGGAGGGGAGAAUUCGCGGUGGUGGCGUCCGGAACCCCCAUCGUGCACCUCGACGCCCACAGGCUUCUCGCCAUCUCCGGCAGCCACCAGAACCGCCCAAGGUUCGCGAGGACGAUGUGCCGCAGAUGGAAGGGGCUGACCGGGGUGCCGUACCCCGACACCGCCACGGUCGCCGACCUCGCGCGCGAGCUGCUCGACCGCGGCCACUCCGUCGAGGCCCUGGUCGUGGGCUACAACCAGGCCCAGCCCCACGCGGCGGUGAGCUGCCUCGGCCCCGCGCUCCCGCGCGGCCAGUUCCUGUUCGGGGCCGCGGGGCGGGGAGCGGAGGCCUGCAGGGCGGUGCUGCGCCGGGGCUACCGCGACACCAUGUCGUCCAGCGACGUGAUCGAGCUCGUGGAGAGUUGCAUCGCGGAGAUCCGCCGGCUCGGGGUUCCCGGGGCUGCCGGCGAGUUUGCGGUCCAGUAUGUUGACAGAUGGGGAGCGGCGCCCGUGGGAAGGGAGGUCAGGGAGACCAUGACUAUCUAUCGACAGAUGUGUUGAAAUAUUAGAUGGGCCUAGAGUCCAUAUAACAAUUUCAGAUUUGAUUUUUAAGGGCCCAUGUAGGAGGCAUGAUAAGGUGGUGGAAAGUUUAGUCUCACCCCGGAAGUGGAAGGAGAG